AUGUAAGAAGAAAUAUCAUAUAAUCCUGAAAUUAUGAAAUCUUAAUUGAGUAUGUUACCUCCAAUUGAAUAAUUUACAUUGCAACAAUUAGCAAAUAGGAGGAAAGUUAAUUUUAACAUGAUGCUUUCUUUACCGUUUCUAUUGAAGGACAAGGCUUUGGAAGACAGAAAAGACACCAUAGCUCUAUUUCGAAAACGAAAAUUCGAACCCUUAUUACCUUAAAAACACAACAUCCCAUUAAUUAAUAGUGGCAGAAUUCAUUGCACUGAAUUUUGGGCCGAUAAAUAUUAAUCGACAGCCUUACGUGAUUCGCAUAUUGAGAAAAAUCUCAAUAAAUAUAGAUAAAUAAUUAAAACUAACAUUCAGGAAUACUUAGUUAAAUUUGAAAUGCAAGCAAAAGAAUAAUUGGAAGAGGCACGCAAUAUCAAAUAUUAGGAAAUUUACAAAAAAUAGCCUUCGAUUUCUGAAGACGAUUUUGCUCCCACUAUGAAUGAGUUAAAUGUAAGUCAAUGCACAUAGGACGAAAUAUUUAAUUUCUAUAGAGAGCCCAAGAAAUAUAAUGUAACUUAACUGCAAAAAACUAGUUUGCGUAACCUUGAUAAAAUUACUAGUAGCAGUCUAAAACAGAGUUAUAUAGAGAAAUUUGAUAAAGUUAUAAGUGUUUGUGAUCGAUAUUCAAUUAAUUCAAAUAGACAUUCAAUGGAUAAUAUUAAUACAAUUGGGUUGGGUAACAUUAAAAAGCGAAAAAAAAAUAAUUUUGACAGCAAGACUAGCAGAAGCCAUAUUAAUUGA